AUGUUCACCAAGGUCCCACACCCCAAACGCUGCCUCGCACGCGAUUCGCCACAGCUUUCAUCGUUCGGGUCUUACAACUCAUCCAUGAGGUUCCUCCACUACCCUGAUGGCAGGCUCGUCAACAUCAGCCUCCCCUAUGCUUCGUGGGCUUCCGCACGCAUCUUGUCAGAGAUCGCUUAUAUCAUGCUGGCAGAGGUGAUGGGGUAUGCGGUGGACCUGUGGGAUGGAGCAGGCAUCAACUCGGGUCAGCCCAUCAACUACGCGUCCGGAUGCCGCGACCCUGACGAUGCAGCAUGCAAGGGCGGGGACAUCGACAACCCUUUGAUCCACUGCACCAUUGAGACUUGGAGUCUAGGGAUGAGGAGGGUGUACGACCUCCCUGCUCAAGUCCAGCCGACCCUCGUGUCUGUGCUCAACUACGAGACCGUCAACCAGAUCUUCGUGUGGAAGAGCACUGUAGACCAGGGAGCGGCCAAGGACCUUGCCCUGGACUAUUACCGCUACUACAACGCCAAGUACUAUGAUCCCUCGGGGUACUUCGACAGUCUUGAGCAGCUGCUGGACAAGGUUCCCGUCGACUACAUCGAGCGGUGCAGCGACCAGGACACGGGGACGUACAACAACUUCCGAGACACCGCCAACUAUAUCACUCAGACUGGCAACACGCAGGUGGACUGUGUGGAUGACAAGGUGUGGCUGUCGCCGGCAUGCAGGUUGCUGGGAAACGUUUCGAGGUGCAUCCCCAUGGUGACCCAGUACGAGGUGCACGUGCACAUGCAGCUCGCCUUCUUCCUCAACUUCUCCAUCGCCAUCGUCAAGAUGCGGGACGGCAGCCCGGAGUUCGACCAGAAGUACUAUGAGGUCGUCAGGGGAGGGAACUACUUCUUCGGAUGGUACACGCCCGACGACAACCUGCGGGGCCUCGGGAGCAAGGUGCCAGUCAUGCUGCGGCUGCCCGACACCAACCAGCUGGAGCACAACAUGAGGAUCUACAAGACUGGGUUGGCCCACGUGAACCCCAGGAGCUACUGCUGGAAGAAGCUGCAGACUGUGGACAGGCACGUUAGCUUCCUGGCUACCAGGAUGAAUUUCUUCGAUCAGGAGAUGAAUGACCUCAUGGACGCGAGCGGAAAGACGAGAGGCUCCGGCCUCUCUGUAUACGAGGCGAUGUGGAACGUCGCUUGCUCCUGGGUCCUCGCCAACCCCGACCGCUGGAAGGCCUGGAUCCCCGCUAUCUGCCCUGCUGGGCAGGCGGCAGACGUGACCCUGGGCAAGUGCGAGCAGUGUAGCCCUGGCUUCUUCUGUGAAGGAGGAACGAACCCCGCCUUCCCUUGCCCCAAGAACUGCUUCUGCCCCGCAGGGAGCUCGAUGCCGUUGCCCUGCCCCUCUCCCCUGCUCACCGACGGACAGGGCAGGUCUCAACUCCAGGAAUGCAACCACUGCCCUCCGGAGAUGGUGAUGGUGAACGGGGGCUGCAUCCGUCUGUCUGUUCUCUUGGUCUCCAUCGUCAUCCCGGUGCUGGCCCUCUGCCUGCUCCUCCUCAAAUGUUGGAGGAUAGUGCGGGUGUGGAUGGCGGCGCCGGAGGAGAAGCUGCUGGAGCAAAGCGUCAGCGAUCUGAGGAAGAGGCUGAGCAUCGAGAGGAAGGAUGGGUUCUACCUCACCAACGAGAGGCUCCUCCCCUGGGUCGACCGGCAGUCGGUCGUCAUCAUCCCCAAGGAGUCGCUGGAGGCGGCGGGUCGACUGGCUCUGUUCCAGGAUGAUGUGGACGACUACUUCCUCAGUAGCUUCUGCCUCGGCCUGACGACGUCGCGCAAGGUGCAAGAGAGGAGGGACGAGGCUCGAGAGCAGUACGAGAAGUUCUGCCACUGGCUGCUGGGGAUCUGCAGGGCUCUGCUUCAGGCGUCUCCCUCCAGCUCCUUCCCUUCAGGCUGGAGCAAAAAAGGCCUUUUGCGCCGCGUGUCCCCUCAUGCAGCGACCCGCAAGUGGUCAACGGUGGUAUCUGCAGCAGAGGCGAAGGCGACGGACGAGCGGUAUCAGCGGCAUGCGUACUUCAAGAGGAAGGUGGCGAUUCUCAACGUGUGGCGGGAGGAUCCCAAUCUGUUCGAUCGCCUGCGAUCCCUCGCCAUGGAGCUCAUGGACGAGUCGGCGCAUGACUGCGAGGAGCGAUGCAAGCAGCUCUACGAGGAGGAGAGUAUGCAGGUGCUGCUGGGCCUGCAAGACAUGCACCACGGUCAGCAACAGGAUGAUGAGAUAGGAGGGCAGCAGCCGUAUGCGAGCGAGGACGACGGCGAGCUGCGGAGCGACGUUGCAAGGGAUAGGCAAAAAGACAUGGGGCUGUUGAGACAAGAUGACGAUGACGUCCGAGCCAUCCGCAUCGACGAUGGGGAGCGGGUGAACGCACAGUUUCUCUUCCAGAGAAUGAGAAGAAGCGGCAACCUGCACUGCCUCGACGAAGGCGUCUUCAUUACCCAGCUCCGAGCUCGAGCCCAGCUGCUCAACCUCUCCUUCCAUCGAGCCGUCAUCGACGUUCUUUCCUUGCACUGCUCCUCCCCCUUCUCGAUCUCCUCCUCCGCCACCCUGCGAGGCUCGCGGGUGAUCCUGAAUUGCGACUUCGAGGAGGGGGCAGGUGAAGUUCAAAUCCACCUGGCCCGUCCCAAGACCUGCUCCCGCAUGGCAGAGAAGCUCCGCGAGUACGCUCCUCCGAACCGCAAGUCAAGGUGGCCGCUCACUGCCAACAUCCUCGACCCCGUCCGCCUCUCCGUUGUCUGCCAUGGGACCAGCCAGAUUGUCCAGGUAGCACGCUGGUUCAUGGAGCAGGAGGGAAGGUUUGGCGUGCGGGUGAGGAGGGUGAAGAAUCGGUUCAGGGAGGAGGAGGUAGAGCACGGGUAUCGCGACUUGAAGCUCUACGUCUCCUACUGCAGCGAGGAGGACGUGUCGAUCAUCGGGGAGAUCCAGGUGCAGGACGCCUUGCUCUACCGCCAGUACGUGCAGAUGCAUCGACUGUACAAGAUCAAGCGAGCGCAGUCAAUGCACUUCUACCUCCACCAGACCUCUUGGUGA